AUGAUACGAGAGCGGAUAGGUUUUGUGAAUGAUACAUUCUAUUGCAUUAAGCAAGAGUGGGUAGGAGCAACUCCUCUCCAUGUGAGUCUUCAAAACGUCUCCGAGCCUUUGAAUUAUUUCCAAGCCUCUAGUAUACUACAGAUAGCAGAAUAUAACGGUCAUCAUAAUCUAUUUAAGUUGCUUCUUUCGGCGGGUGCUGAUGUUUCGGCUGGAGAUCAUUGUACAAGGAACGGCGCUUGGAAGAAACAUUUGAAAACACUUCACAUCCUCGUUGAAGGAGGGACGGAAGAGGAAUUUCUUAACAAAAGUCGCUUUCUCGAGAAAACAGAUAUGCCUUAG